UACUGACAAGUGGCAUGCCAUGUCAGAUUUCUGUUAGAAAUUUGAAGGUCUUAAUUAAAACAAUUUCAAAUCUAAUGAUUAAAAUGAUAAAAUUGAAAACCAAAGGAGCAAAAAGGUAAGAGUGCAAAACCCAGGGACUGAUUAAGUACUUGAUCCUUAUUCUGGCAGAUCUUACAUUUAAAAGUGGUAUUAUUACAGCCUCCUUAUCAGUAUCCAGAAAAAUGAUACUAUUAAAGAUACAUAAUUCCUUUUUACAAUUCUUGGGUAUGUUGGUUGGUGAGUCAUUAAAUUGAUCAGUUCUCCGAUAUGCUUUUUCAGAGCUCCAUAAUCAGAUAAGGUAGUUUGACAAUUCAACUUGGUUUUAGUGGAAAUAUUGUACUCCUGUGUUGUGUUUAUAAGCUUCUGCUUAUUUGCAUGCUGUUUCUUGUGCUACUCUAUUCCCUGUGCCACCUUUUCUCCCCAUAUAAUCUUUACCCAUGAGUGUUUACAUCCUAUGAGUUGAUUCAUGAUAUAUAGUCCAUUGACUAGGUCAAUGAUAUUUGGAAAAAAUGGAAUCUCCUCCCAUAAUUUAGGGGUCAAUGUCAUUGGUUCAAUUCUAUACGAGUGCAUCUCUUGUAACACCGUAAGGGAAGGCCCAAGCCACAUCUGGGCCAUACUCCAAAAUGACUAGUCAAUUGUAUAAUUGGAGUCCCAUUGGGAUCAUUAUAAAGAGUUAGAACUUUUCCCUCACAAGCAAUGUGGAACCCCAUACACCACCUACACUCACCAGUUUGUAUGGGGUAUCACAUCUACUUUAUUUACUUAAAAAAAGUGUACGUUAGAUUGCUGAGUUUUUUAUUUCUAAAUCAUUCGGGUCUAUCAAAAUUCUUAUGACUUUGAAAAAUGAUUGACCUCAAUAGUUGGGGUUGUUUCACUAGAAGGAAAUCACUCUUUAUUGUUACGAGAUAAUUACGGAGAGAAUUAUGGGAUUAGUUUUGUGGUUGUAAAUUAGGUAGAAUUAGUCGUAAAUUAGGUAGCCGACGGCUGUAAAUUGUUGACAUACUUGAGCAUCCUAUGUAUAUGUAAUUUCUAUAUAAAUGAAAGAGAGGGCAGAGAAAGGGUAUUGAGACCAAAACUGACAUGGUAUCAGAGCCUCUAUUCUGAUUAUCAUUUCUCUGUGGUCUUGAUCCUUCAGAAUUUCUGAGUUGCGACAAUAAUUUUCUGUUCUCACACGGUGGUGAGUUUUUUGAGUUUCUUGUGGGUUUGUCCUCUUAAGUGGCUGUCGGCAGCUGCAGGUGAUGUUUCUGCAACAAUAGACAUUUCCUGUGGUGGUUGACAGCAUUUGUGGGUGGCUUUGAGGCCACAGGAAGGUUCUGUGUACAUCUGGGUGGUGGUCGACCACCUCUGUGUGGCUAUCGGCAGUGUUUUCUUUCUGGGUCAUAUCCUUUUUUGGUCGUGCCGUGUUUUAUUUCUUUUUUGUCAUUGUUUACGGCAUCUUCAGGUUUCUUUUUCUCUCAAGAAGCAGUUUCAGGUUUCCAUUCCGUGGACAACACUUUUCUCUCUUGUGGGUCCUUUCAUUUUUUUUGUGGGCCGUGAGUCUCUUUUGCUCAAUAGGAGAGCAAAUAAAAUACAUAUAAGCCCAAUAGUGAAGAGCUUCUUGCUGUGAGUUUUUAUUAUUAUUCUUUACGUGGGCUAAUUUUGAGUGGAUCAUUUUGUGUUGGCCCAAUUGAUAUUCCUAUUAUCAUUUUGGAAACCUUGUGUUGCCAUACGUGGUUGGGCCUCUCUUAUUGGGUUAUUAUUUUGUUCAUAGACUUUCAUAAUGUCUAUUGAAAAUAUUAUUGUACGAUUUACUGGCAAAAAUUUUCCUACAUGGGAAUUUCAAUUUAAGAUUUUUUUGAAAGGAAAAGAAUUAUCAAAUCAUAUUGAUAAUUCUGCAAAGAUUCCUACUGAUGAAAAAGAAUUUGCUCAAUGGGAGAUCAAGGAUGCCAAGGUAAUCUCUUGGCUAUUGGGGACCAUUGAGUCUCACCUUGUGAUCAAUCUUCGCUGUUUUACUACGGCUCAGGCUAUGUGGGAUUAUCUUCACCGUAUUUACCACCAAGAUCAUAGUGCUCGAAAGUUUCAAUUAGAGUUGGAAAUUAGUAAUUAUAGUCAAGGCAAUUUACCCAUCGCACAAUUUUAUUCCGGUUUUAUUAACCUUUGGAGUGAGUAUUCUGCCAUUGCUCAUGCAAAGGUUCCUACUGCGGCCCUCGCGGCUCUUCAAGCAGUUCAUGCUGAGAGUCAACGCGAUCCGUUUUUAAUGAAACUUCGACCCGAAUUUGAGCCUGUUCGAGCUGGUUUAUUGAACCGUGAUCCAGUUCCUUCUUUGGACAUUUGUUUGGGAGACUUAUUGCGUGAAGAACAACGGCUAUCCACUCAGAUAAGUAUGACUUCUGAGAAGGUUUUUUUCGAGACUGUAAAUGUAGCCUAUGCAGCACAUGGGAGAGGGAGGAACAAGUUACAAUGUUUCAAUUGCAAGGAAUUUGGUCAUAUUGCUCGCAAUUGUCCAAAGAAAGUUUGUAAUUACUGCAAGAAAGAGGGCCAUAUCAUCAAAGACUGUCGAAUACGGCCUCAGAAUCGCCAAUCCCAAGCUUUUCAGGCUGAUGUUCAGUCCUCUGCUUCUUCUUUUGUGCCUUCUACUGUAAGCUAUGAUUCAUCUGUUCUUACACCAGCAAUGGUCCAACAGAUGAUUGUGUCUGCUUUUACGACCUUAGGCAUGCAAAGUACGAGCACUAACUCAACUUCUUGGAUUGUUAAUUCGGGCGCUUCUAAUCAUAUGACUGGUAAUAUGACAAGUCUCCAUGGUGUUUGUAAGUAUAGUGGCACACAAAAUAUUCAGAUCGCUGAUGGCAGUACUCUUCCUAUUAUUGUUGUUGGAUCGGGUGUCGGGGACGGUGAUCGCGAAAGGGCCUAAAAUCUCAUCUAUCAAAUCUGGAAUGUGGGACAUCAUAUAUGAUACGCACGAAGCCGCAAGUGAGAAGGAAUUAACAAACAUAUUUAUCGAAAAAUCUUCUGAAUAUGAGAUCACAGAUGUUGAUCCCGAAAAUGAGAAGGAUGCACCAGUCGUUGCUGAGAAUGAAGUGGAGCUUAUACACAGUGUCACUGUUCAAGAUAUUAUGAGAAAAGUAGCAAUGUAUUUUGACCUCAAUUAUGACAUCAACGGUUAUGGUAUACCACUCCUUGAGAUCUUGAGGAAGCUUUAUAACUGUGAGUUUUGGCUGGUGGAGCAAUUUUGCGCCAAGACAUUCAAGUCCCUUGGUUAUGGGGAUUUUUUAAUGUUCCUUGAAAAACAUGCCUCUCUGCUACCUGAGCAGAUGUACAAUUUCUUAAAAGGUGAUGUGUAUGAAAAAUCUCCUUUAGAGGUUUGCAUGCUCCAGAAUCAAUUGGUUGUUUUAGUAGCACAAGCUUUGAAUGGCAUAUGGAGAGAUACACAAGUUAACAGACAGAUGAUUUCUUCAUUGCUAAUGAGGCAAUUCCCAUUGAUUGGUUUCAAAAUUUCUGAAAAAGGUUCUGUUGCUGAUUUUCUAGAUAUUGUGGGGAAACAUAAGAGCAAUGUAAUCUCAAAACCUGUCCUAUUUUCUGUAACAUUAUUUGGAAUGAGUCAUGAUGGAGACUUGCUAGCCCAUCAUGAAAAUGAUUUAUUGGAAACCACCGAGGUGAAAAUUGACAUCAGCCAAAAGGCUGGAGACCUUAUACCUGUUACAUCCAAGGAUGCUAUUGAACUUUUAUGUAGGGCACCAUUGUUGUCAGAUUUAAACUUAUGGACACAUUGGGACCUGAUAUUUGCUCCCUCGCUUGGUCCUCUUGUAACAUGGUUGUUGAAUGAAGUCAACACGCAGAAGUUAUUAUGUUUAGUGACUAAAGAAGGAAAGGUUAUCCGCUUGGAUCAUUCAGCUACUGUAGAUUCAUUCUUGGAAGCUGCACUUGAAAGAUCCCCUUUACAAACAGCAGUGCAGCUUUUAUCUCUGUUUUCUUUAGUUGGGGGUGAAAAAUAUGUUCCCAUGUCUCUUUUAAAGUGUCAUACACGCCAUGCAUUUGAAGUUAUUAUGAAGAAUUUAUUGGAGAAUAUGGAAGUAAACGAGGCUCAGAACUCUCGGAUGCAAGGAUACACAAGACGGAGAAUGGUUGUUGAAACUGCUACUAGUAACUUGAGUAAUGAAUUACUCAUAAAUUUUGACAAAAUGAAUACAGCAGUGCCCGUUAUAUCCAGAUUUGUUCUUGACUGUCUCGGCUUUUUACCCACAGAGUUUCGUGGUUUUGCUGCCGAUAUAUUACUUUCAGGAAUGCGAUCUCUUAUCAAAGAUGCUGCUUCAGCCGUUUUGUCUGAAUGCAACCAAACAGAGCAGCGUCUCAUGCUUCAUGAAGUAGGACUCUCUCUUGGUAUUGUGGAGUGGAUUGAUGAUUACCAUGCAUUUUGUUCCACUGAUGCUAGUGAUUUGUACCCACACAAAACUUUAUGCUUAAAUGUUGCUGCACCUGAGAAAAGCAUCAGCUCAAAAACUAUGCAAGAUGUGUUGGACAAGCCUUCCACUUCUGAAGUAAAUACAACUGUAUCCGCUGUGGCAGAUGGGCAUAAAGAACAAUGUACUGGAGUUUGUCAAUCAGUUCCUGGAUUAGAAGUUUUUGAAGGAAUUGGCCAUGGUCCCACCCAACAUUUGUCUGAACUUGAUGAACAUAAGAAUGCAUCCCUGGUCAUUGAAUCUAUCAGGUGGGAUGAAUUUGGUAUGGAUCCAAGUCUUUCUAGCAUUGAAAGUAGCAUGUUGAAGAAGCAGCAUGCUCGCCUAGGGAGAGCACUUCACUGUCUUUCACAUGAGUUAUACUCUCAGGAUUCACAUUUUCUUCUUGAGCUGGUGCAAAAUGCUGAUGAUAAUAUUUAUCCAGAAGAUGUGGAACCAACUCUGACAUUCAUUCUUCAAGAGUCAGGAAUCAUUCUUCUAAAUAACGAGCGAGGCUUCUCUGCUCAAAACAUCAGAGCACUCUGUGACGUUGGUAAUUCAACGAAGAAAGGAUCUAAUGCUGGAUAUAUAGGGCAGAAAGGCAUUGGCUUUAAAUCAGUUUUCCGGGUUACAGAUGCUCCAGAGAUUCAUUCUAAUGGAUUUCAUGUCAAGUUUGAUAUAAGUGAGGGUCAGAUUGGUUUUGUUUUGCCAACAUUAGUGCCUCCAUGUAAUAUUGACUUGUAUAGUAGGUUGGCAUCUGGUGACACCAGUGAUGUGGAUGCCAAACAGUGGAACACUUGCAUUGUACUUCCUUUCAGAACGAGAUUAUCAGAUGGAACUGUCAUGAAUAGCAUUAUGACCAUGUUUUCAGAUCUUCACCCAUCUUUGUUGCUGUUUCUUCACCGACUUAAGUGUAUUAAGUUUAGAAACUUGCUCAACAAUUCGCUCAUAGUUAUGAGAAAAGAAAUCAUGGGGGAUGGCAUCGUUAGGGUUUCACAUGGGAAAGAAAAAAUGACAUGGUUACUAGCAUCUCAGAAGUUGCAAGCAGAUGUCAUUCGUCCUGAUGUGCGUACAACGGAAAUCUCAGUAGCAUUUACAUUGCAGGAAUCGAUUGAUGGGGAUUGCGUUCCAAUUCUAGAACAACAGCCUGUUUUCGCAUUUCUUCCUUUAAGAACUUAUGGUCUGAAAUUCAUUCUUCAAGGUGAUUUUGUCCUUCCUUCAUCUAGAGAGGAAGUGGAUGGAGAUAGUUCUUGGAACCAGUGGUUGUCAUCUGAGUUUCCUGGUUUGUUUGUUGGUGCAGAGAGAUCCUUUUGUUCUCUUCUGUGUUUUAGAGAGAACCCUGGAAAAGCUGUGUCAGCAUUUAUGAGCUUUGUUCCGCUUGUUGGGGAAGUUCAUGGUUUCUUUUCUAGUCUUCCCCGGUUGAUUAUUUCUAAAUUACGAAUGUCGAACUGCUUACUUCUGGAAGGAGGCAAUGACAGAUGGGUUCCUCCAUGCAAGGUUCUAAGAUGUUGGGAUGAACAGGCCCGCAUUCUUCUCCCUGAUGGUUUGCUUAGUGAGCUUCUUGGCCUUGGUUUCUUGGAUAGAAAUAUAAAAAUGUCUGAUUCAUUAGCAAGGGCACUGGGUAUUCAGGAUUAUGGACCCACAAUUUUACUUCAAUUUAUAUCCUCUUUAAGUCAAGUGGAAAACGGUAUCAAAUCAAUGAGUCUGAGUUGGUUGUCUUCUUGGAUAAGUGCAUUCUAUAUAAUGUUAUCUCGUUCUGGACAAAUUCUAUUAAACUCUGACACAGGAAUGGAUCUCAUAGAAAACCUUAAAAGGAUAAAGUUUAUUCCCCUUUCAGAUGGUACAUACAGCUCAGUGAAUGAAGGUACCAUCUGGUUACCAUCUGGCACUAGGUUUGAUGGUCAACAUCGACUUGAAGCUUUCCAAAGUUUAUUUGCUAAACUCCGGACUGUCAGUCCUGCCCUCCUUUCUGCAUCAACUUGUGAUACCUCAUUCAUGGACAUGAAUUUGGUAGACAACCUAACCAAGAUGUUUCACAGGAUUGGUGUCAAGCAGUUGUCUGCUCAUGAAAUUUUGAAGGCCCACAUCUUGCCAGCUGUAUCUAAUGACCGAAUUACAAAUAAGGACAAGAAUUUGAUGAUAGAAUAUACUUGUUUUGCAAUGAUCCACCUACAGUCUAGCUGUCCUGAUUGUUGUGUUGAGAGGGUGAACAUAAUUUCCGAAUUACGAAAUAAAGCUUUCAUUUUAACAAAUUACGGCUUUAAACAACCUGUUGAGGUGUCAAUUCAUUUUAGUAAGGAAUAUGGAAAUCCAGUCAAUGCAAAUAAGUUGAUUAAUGUUGUAGAUAUGAAAUGGCACGAGGUUGACGCCACCUAUCUGAGGCAUCCUGUUACUGAAUCAACCUCAUGUGGACUUAAGAAAUGGAGGGAAUUUUUCCAGGAAAUAGGUAUCUUGGAUUUUGUGAAAAUAUGUCAAGUUAAUAAAACUGUGGCCGAUAUUUCUCCUACCAUUUUUAAGAAUGUAAUGUGGGUAAGAGAUGUGGUUUCCCCAGAAUCAAUUGUCAAUGACUGGGAAUCUCAUGAAUUGGUCCAUUUAAUGUCCCUGUUAUUGAAAAAUGGCCCACCACAAUGUUGUAUCUAUCUGUUGGAGGUUCUCGAUACACUGUGGGAUGGUCAUUUUAGUGAGUGUGUUACAGGUUACUGGAAUCCUAAGUCUGGUGGAGAUGGUAAACCCUUCAAGUCUUCUUUUCUGAGUAGCAUUUGUGGUGUCCAGUGGGUGGUAUCUAGUAUUGAUGAUGAGCUUCACUAUCCCAAAGAUUUGUUUUAUGAUUGUGAUUCAGUACGCUCGAUUUUGGGUGCCUCUGCUCCAUAUGCUGUUCCAAAGGUGAGAUGUCAAAAGUUAGUUAGUGAUAUUGGAUUUAAGGUUAAAGUUACCAUGGAUGACAUUUUGGAAAUUCUAGAAGUAUGGAGAAGAUCUAGGACACCUUUUAAGGCCAGCAUAUCACAAAUGUCAAAAUUGUACACGUUCAUUUGGGAUGAAAUGAACACUUCAGAGAAGAAACUCAAAGAGGAGUUGACUUCAGGACCUUUUAUAUUUUUUCCGUCUGCAUCCAGCUCUAGGCUUGAGGAUGUGUUACCUGGUAAGUUUUUAUCUCUUGAAGAAGUAUGUUGGUAUGAUCCAACUGGUGCCCUGGACCAAAUGAAGGAGAUUCAUCCUUAUCACAGUUUGACAGAAGCGAAACAUAGUCCCUUGAACUGGACACUGAGCAAUAUUUAUCCAGGCCUUCGUGACUUUUUCAUGGACGGCUGUGGUGUACAUGAAGCCCCUCCUCUCUGCAGCUAUAUACAGAUUUUGCUGCGGUUAUCUACUGUCGCUUUGCCUUCACUUGUUGCUAAUGUAGUUUUUCAAGUUUUUCUCAUGUGGAGUGAUGGACUGAAAUCUGGACUACUAACUCCAGAAGAUGUCAUUUACUUCAAACAAUGUCUUUUGAAAUCAGAGUUUAUGGUGCUUCCAACUAAACAAGAUAAGUGGGUCUCACUGCAUCCGUCCUUUGGCCUUGUGUGCUGGUGCGAUGAUAGGAAGUUGAAGAAGCAAUUCAAGCAUCUUGAUAAGAUUGAUUUUCUGUACUUUGGCAAACUUAGUGAGGAUCAAGAAGAGAUACUUCAGACAAAAGUUUCUGCUCUCAUGGAAAACUUAGGGAUUCCCGCUCUCUCUAAGGUUGUAACUCGUGAAGCAAUAUAUUAUGGUCUGGCAGACUCUAUCUUCAAAGCAUCGUUAGUGAGCUGGGCUCUUCCUUAUGCUCAGCGCUACAUCUGUAGCGUACACCCCAAUAAUUAUAUUCAACUCAAGCAGUCUGGAUUCAAUCUUCUGAAUCGUCUGCAAGUCGUUGUUGUUGAAAAGCUGUACUACAGGAAUGCUAUAAAGAGAGGUGAUGGUGCAUCAAACAAGCGCAUUGAAUGUAGCUGUCUUCUGCAGGACAACAUUUUGUACACCACCGAAGAAUCUGAUUGUCAUGCCAUAUAUAUGGAGCUGUCUCGUUUACUAUUUAAUGGAACUCCUGAUUUACACUUGGCUAAUUUCCUUCACAUGAUCACAAACAUGGCCGAAUCAGGAUCCACUGAGGAGCAGACAGAGUUUUUCAUCUUGAAUAGCCAAAAGGUGCCAAAGCUUCCUGACGAGGAAUCUGUGUGGUGCCUCUCAGCUGUGCCCUCUUUGACAAAGAAUGAUGAUUCACCCCAGACAAGUUUAAGUUCAGAAGCAACAGAUAAAAAAACUUAUUUAAACCCCAAAAGGAAAGCAGGAAAUAACUCAAACUGGCCGCCUGUGGAUUGGAAAAGUGCACCAGGUUGUAGUUAUGAUCAGGCAAAUGAUUUUAAGACACGGGAAGCAAGUGCACUGCAUAAGGGCAGCCCACAAAAGAUAGAGGGUAAUUAUGAAGGAACAGUCAUGCAAACGAAUAAUGUUGUUUCUAUCUCAACCUCUGAUGAUUGGACCAUUGAAGAUGAUUCAGCAGCGGCUGCAAUGGCUUUUGUUUUGUCAGAUAACAACAAUUUGGAAGAUCACUCUGACCAAGCUUGCAAUCAGAUUGAUUCUGGAAUGAAAGUUGAAUUUGAUCCCUUUGAUUUAGAUACUAAGCCUGAUGGCUCGGAGUUUGCUUCAUCUAAUUUUCACGAGGAAGACCAACUUAGAACUGGGACACCUGAUGCAACACAAGCUGCACGUACGGGGAGACUGGGUGAGCGUGUUGCUUUCAAAUAUAUUAUUGGGAAAGCUGGUGAGACGAUUGUGAAGUGGGUUAAUGAAGAUGGUGAAACUGGUUUACCCUAUGACAUUACCGUAGGGGAGGAGAAUAGCAAAGAGUACAUCGAAGUUAAAGCAACCAAAUCUCAAACAAAGGACUGGUUCAACAUAUCAACGAGAGAGUGGCAAUUUGCGGUGGAUAAAGGUGAAUCAUUCAGCAUUAUGCAUGUUGUUUUAUUAGGAAAUAAUGUUGCAAGGGUCUCAGUGUUCAAGAAUCCCGUAAAAUUAUGUCAGUUAGGCAAGCUGCAAUUGGUUGCUAUGAUGCCAAUGCCACAGGAGGAAUUCUCCAUUGUCGCCUGAGACUCGACCCAUUUUCAUAUAUGUGCUUCUGGGGGAUUGACUAUAAAGUGUUAGCCAAAGUAUGACUGCCUUCACAGAAAUUAUCUGAAACAACUGUCGUUUGUGUAUGCCUAAUCUUUCUUUCGAUGCUGGGGAGUCUGGGACUAUCAAUAGGUCGGUCACUGAACAAAUCAAGUGCAUGUAUGUUUCCUCUUUGACAAAUAAAUAAAUAUAUAUAUAUAUUUGCUAUCA